UCCAGUGACGUCUGCAGCGUCAGUAAUGGCUGCUUCUCUCAUGCCGCAGAUCUGAAACAUUACGCUUCUAAGAAUUGAAACAUGAUUUUUCAGCGAUUUCCACUACUUAUUAUUGACCAAACCUGCUGAGAUCAAAAGCAAUCUAACGAGACACGGACGGCAGAAUGACGUCCAUCAUCAAGCUGACGGCUCUUUCCGGAGUGCAGGAGGAAUCGGCUCUGUGUUACCUGUUACAGGUGGAUGAGUUCCGCUUCCUGCUGGACUGUGGCUGGGAUGAGAGUUUCUCCAUGGACAUCAUAGACUCCCUGAAGCGGUAUGUGCAUCAGGUGGACGCAGUGCUGCUCUCUCAUCCGGAUCCUCUGCAUCUGGGAGCUUUACCGUACGCUGUGGGCAAACUGGGGCUCAACUGCACCAUCUACGCCACCAUCCCGGUCUACAAGAUGGGUCAGAUGUUCAUGUACGAUCUCUAUCAGUCUCGACACAACACAGAAGAUUUCACUCUGUUCACUCUGGAUGAUGUCGAUACAGCUUUUGACAAAAUCCAGCAGCUGAAAUACUCUCAGAUCGUCAACCUGAAAGGAAAAGGUCACGGUCUGUCCAUCACCCCACUUCCUGCGGGUCACAUGAUCGGUGGCACUAUCUGGAAAAUAGUGAAGGAUGGAGAGGAAGAGAUCAUCUAUGCUGUGGAUUUCAACCACAAGAGGGAGAUUCAUCUGAACGGCUGCUCGCUGGAGAACAUCAGCAGACCGUCUCUCCUCAUCACAGACUCCUUCAACGCCUCGUAUGUUCAGCCUCGCAGGAAACAGCGCGACGAGCAGCUGCUCACCAAUGUGAUGGAGACGCUCCGAGGCGACGGGAACGUGCUGAUCUCUGUGGACACGGCGGGGCGAGUGCUGGAACUGGCUCAGCUCCUGGAUCAGAUCUGGAGGACCAAAGACGCAGGUUUGGGCGUUUACUCGCUCGCCCUGCUCAACAACGUCAGCUACAACGUGGUGGAGUUCUCAAAGUCCCAGGUGGAGUGGAUGAGCGAUAAACUGAUGCGAUGCUUCGAGGACAAGAGGAACAACCCUUUCCAGUUUCGGCACCUGUCUCUCUGUCACAGCCUGGCCGAUCUGUCUCGGGUCCCCAGCCCGAAGGUGGUUCUGUGCAGUCAGCCCGACCUGGAGUCCGGCUUCUCACGAGAGCUCUUCAUACAGUGGUGUCAGGACGCCAAGAACUCCGUCAUCCUCACCUACAGGACCACACCGGGAACACUGGCCCGCUACCUCAUAGACACCCCGGGCGAGAAGAGGAUUGAGCUGGAGAUAAGAAAACGUUGUCGACUGGAAGGACGAGAACUAGAGGAAUACACAGAGAAAGAGAAAAUGAAGAAAGAGGCUGCCAAAAAACAAGAGCAGGCAAAAGAGGUGGACAUGGACUCGAGCGAUGAGAGCGAUAUGGACGAUGAUCUGGAGCAGCCGGUGGUGGUGAAGACCAAACAUCACGACCUGAUGAUGAAGGGCGAGGGCGGAAGGAAGGGCAGCUUCUUCAAACAGGCCAAAAAGUCCUACCCCAUGUUCCCUACUCACGAGGAGCGAAUCAAAUGGGACGAGUACGGAGAAAUCAUCAGGCCCGAGGAGUUUCUGGUUCCUGAGCUCCAGGCCACAGAAGAGGAGAAGAGCAAGCUGGAGUCCGGACUGACUAACGGAGAGGAGCCGAUGGAGCAGGACCUGUCCGACGUCCCCACCAAAUGUACCAGUGUCACACAAACUCUAGAGAUCAGAGCUCGAGUCUCGUACAUCGAUUAUGAAGGCCGUUCUGACGGCGACUCCAUUAAGAAGAUCAUUAACCAGAUGAAACCCAGACAGCUGAUCAUCGUUCACGGGCCGCCGGAGGCCAGCCAGGACCUGGCCGAGUCCUGCAAGGCCUUCAGCGGGAAAGACAUCAAAGUUUACCUGCCAAAACUGCAGGAGACGGUGGACGCCACCAGUGAGACCCACAUUUACCAGGUCAGACUGAAGGACUCGUUGGUCAGUUCGCUGCAGUUCUGUAAAGCUAAAGACACGGAGUUGGCCUGGAUCGAUGGCGUUCUGGACAUGCGGGUGGAGAAAGUGGACACGGGUGUCAUCGCAGAGAUGGGAGACGCCAAAGAGGAGACGGAGGAUGGAGAGCCGGCUAUGGACGUCACGCCGGACCUGACCACUGAGCCCAGCGCCGCUGCUAACCAGCAGGCCAUGAAGACUCUGUUUGGAGAAGACGAGCGGGAGAUUUCAGAGGAGAGCGACGUCAUUCCCACACUGGAGCCGCUGCCUGCUAAUGAGGUCCCGGGUCAUCAGUCUGUGUUCAUCAACGAGCCUCGUCUGUCAGACUUUAAGCAGGUUCUGCUGCGUGAAGGGAUCCAGGCUGAGUUUGUGGGCGGAGUUCUGGUGUGUAAUAAUCUGGUGGCUGUCAGGAGGACGGAAGCGGGCCGCAUCUGUCUGGAAGGAUGCCACUGUGAUGACUACUACAGGAUUCGUGAGCUGUUGUAUCAGCAGUAUGCUGUAGUUUAACGGAUCUCAAUCAGCUCCAGUCCCUCCUUUCGUUACCUUUCCUUUUCUAGGUUUUGAGUUGUGUAUGUUUUAUUAUAGUUUCUCCCUCUCGUUUACAAGACAGACGUUCAUUCUGAAAGUGACCCGAGAAGAGAGAGCGUCUGUCUGGACUGAAGAAGAAUCGAUGCUCCAAUGUUUUGUUCUGAACUGCUGGAUGCAAAGAAACGUUUGAGCUUUUUUUUUUUUUACCACCCCAUGUUUUGCUCAGAUAAAUUUUCAUAAUGAAA